AAUAUUGUAUGUUUCCCCAUCGGACUAUUUUUCUUGUGGCACACAGGUCUAGCUUUUGGAUUCUUCCAACAUGUCGAGCUCGUACCGAAGCAGGAUCCAGGAAUUCAAGGUGGCCUUGAGUGAAGAGAAGCUAGACUUGAAUGCACUUCGGGAACUUUGCUUCAGCGGUAUCCCAUUUGAAGGAGGCAUCCGUGCACUUUGCUGGAAAGUCCUUCUUAACUACCUGCCUCUGGACCAGACAAUGUGGGACUCCUUUCUCAAAAAGCAGAGGGACGGUUAUUCCCAGUUCCUGAAGGAGAUGAUUAUCCAGCCCGGCAUCGCUAAGGCCAACCUGGGCCUCUCCAGAGAGGACGUGACCAUGGAGGACCACCCUCUCAACCCCAACCCAGAGAGCAAGUGGAACAACUACUUCAGAGACAACGAGGUGCUGCUGCAGAUUGAUAAAGAUGUCAGGCGCCUGUACCCAGACAUGGCCUUCUUCCAGUGGCCCACAGACUACCCCUGCCAGCUGAUCCUGGACCCCCAGAAUGACUAUGAGACCCUCAGGUGCCGUGUGGAACAGACCACCCUCAAGGCCCAGACCGUGGACCGCAACCGCAGCGGGGUCACCAACGUGAGCUCCCCGGGCAAGGCCCUAAACCUGUACCCUUCCAACGAGUACGAGGUGCUGCCCAAUGGCUGCGAGGCCCACUGGGAGGUGGUGGAGCGCAUCCUGUUCAUCUACGCUAAGCUCAACCCGGGCAUCGCCUACGUGCAGGGCAUGAACGAGGUGGUGGGACCCCUCUACUACACCUUCGCUACCGACCCCAACGACAAGUGGAGAGAGCACGCCGAGGCGGACACCUUCUUUUGUUUCACCAACCUGAUGUCGGAGAACCGGGACAUGUUCAUCAAGAGUCUGGACGACUCACAGUGCGGCAUCACCUACAAGAUGGAGAGCGUCUACUCCAUGCUCAAGGAGAAGGACAUGGAGCUCUACAUUAAACUGCAGGAGCAGAACAUCAAGCCUCAGUACUUCACCUUCCGCUGGCUGACCCUGCUGCUGUCUCAGGAGUUCCUCCUGCCCGACGUCAUCCGCAUCUGGGACACGCUCUUUUCAGACCAGGACCGCUUCAACUUCCUCAUCCUGGUCUGCUGCGCCAUGCUCGUACUGAUUCGAGAUCAGUUGCUGGCGGGAGACUUCACGAUCAACAUGAGACUGCUGCAGGACUACCCCAUCUCAGAUGUCCACACCAUCCUGGCCAAGGCCAAGGAGCUUCAGGAUGGGUCAUAGCCACCCCUACCUCCCUUCUCCCUCCCAGGAUGCACCAUUAAAACUGAUAACCCUGGGCACAACAAAGGAGGGAGAGGAAGACACCUGGCGCCGGGUUGGUGCAAGGUUGGUCGGAGAAACCAAACUCAGUACUUAGGCUUGUCGUCUCACUCUCACGGCCUGACAGUUUUUCCACUGGGAGGGUGUGUGGCCUCAAGCUAUUUAUUUUUGCACUGAACACUUGAAAAAUAGUGUACAAAUCUGCAUAUAUGAAGCAGAGAAACCACAGUAACAAUUACAACAGAAGCAUCAUUAUAAAGUCUGCCAGGGCUAAUAUAACACUCCCAGGGUUUCUUUUUAGUGGGAUGGGAAUAACUUUUAUUUUUAUUUUUUUUACUGUCUAAGUGAACAUGGUUUUUUUAUCAUUAAGAUGAAAUAUAAUACUUCCUUGUAAAGACUAACCACAACAACAAAAUGUCCAGAGGCAAAAAUGUUGCCACAGAGCGUGUAGGGUUUGCUUUAAAGUAUAGAUUGUUAUGACAUUGGGCCUCAACGCAAGCAUCCUCUCUCUCUGUUUUCAUGACCAUGCUCAGAUAUUUACUCUACGCACAUGAGCUACAUGUCUGGACAGUUUUUAUAGCUGGUUGUAAUCUGAUUUUGUGUCUAUGGAAUCGCCAAUAGUAAUGUAUGUUCGCUGUCAAAUCAAUGGGGUGUGAAACUUGUUUUAUCAUUUUUUUGGUGUGUCAUGUAGCAGAAGCUCUUAUCCAGAGCGACCUACAGGUGCAAUUUGGGUUUAGUGCCUUGCUCAAGGGCACAUCGGCAGAUUAUUCACCUAGUCGGCUUCGGAGUUCGAACCAGCGACCUUUCGGUUACUGUCCUAACGCUCUUAACCACUAGGCUACUUGCCGUCCGACCCACUAACCUAACUGAAAUUGAUACAUUGAUGACGAUGAUAAGGUUGCUUUUGAUGUGAGGGCAUUACUAAGCAAACAAAUCAAUCCAAUUAAAUUGGGCAUUCAUUUUUUAAUAAUAUAUUUUGACUUAUCUCUGGUCGCAUUGAGCGGCCAGAAUAAACCAGAAUACAUUGAACGUCAAUGACAUCUUGUAAAUGAAGCAUAAGACAUUUUGCUCUGCAUACUGCAAGAUUAUUACAGAGAACAAAUGAUUGAUAAUAGUAGCUGAAUAUUUAUCAUGGAUAUAUGAAUGACAUUGAAUAGCUAUGAUAACAUUUCUGUAUUCACAUAAUGGAGUUGACAGAUAAGAGUUGAAAAAUAACAGAUUUAAUUACUUAAAAUCACCAUGAUUGAAUGUUAUAGAUUAUAUAUUUUUUUUUUAAACGCUAAGACUUACCACAAAGCUAAGACACCCUUGACAUGUAUUUACCUUUUCAAACAGUAGGACCUGCAUAAUAAUGUGAUACUUUAAAGUACACAGAUAAUGACUUGCUUUGUUUUCAUCAAUAUUGUUAGAAUGAUACAACAGUUACCUUUUUACUGUUUGCGUUUCAGUAGCAUUCCCUAGAAAUUCCACGUAUCACCAUCCCUUUCAGUGGCAAGAUGGUAUCAGUCUACAUUCUAACACUAUUUCAGUGGCAAGAUGGUAUCAGUCUACAUUCUAACACUAUUUCAGUGUCAAGAUGGUAUCAGUCUAUAUUCUUUUCUUUACAUAUUUUUCUUCGUGGUCUCCAAUUGUCUCAUAGCUGCAACUCCAGUACAGUCUCGGGAGAGGCGAAGGUCGAGAGCUGAGCAUCCUCCGAAACACAAACCAACCAACUGCUUCUUGACACAAUGCCCACUUAACCCAGAAGCCAGCCGCACCAAUGUGUCGGAGGAAACACUGUACACCUGGCGACCGUGCACUGCGCCCGGCCCGCCAAAGGAUUUGCUAGUGCGCAAUGGUACAAGGACAUCCCUGCCGGCCAAACCCUCCCCUAACCCGGACGACACUGGGCCAAUUGUGCACCACCCCAUGGGGCUUCCAGGUCGCGGCCGGCUGCGACAGAGCCUGGACUCAAACCCAGAAUCUCUAGUGGCACAGCUACUAUUGCACUGCGAUGCAGUGUCAUAGACCACUGCGCCACUCUGGAGGCUUCAGUCUACAUUCUAACACUAUUUCAGUAACAAGAUGGUAUCUUCCUACUGAAAAAUUGCCUAGACAGGAAUUGGUACAAAUUGACAGUCUGUGACUAGCGACGGUUCAAUGUGGCUUUAUUGUACUAAAGUGAGGUAGUAAAAGAUACUGUGCUGAGUAUUUUGACACUCUGAAUGAAAUGGGAACACUCCUAGUUCAAACAACUUGGCUUGGUCGAUCAGUGUGUCUAUAAUCAUGUCUUGAUCUUAAAGGCCCAGUGCAGUCAAAAACUUGAUUUGCCUGUGUUUUAUAUAUAUUUCCACACUGAGGUUGGAUUCAUACUGACAUUGUGAACAUUUUGAUAAUGCCCUUUUAGUGUAAGAGCUGUUUUGAAAAUACUUCUUGAAAUGUCAGCUUGUUUUGGUGGGAGGGAGUUUUGGCCUUCCAUGUUGACAUCACCAUGUGGUGAAUUGGUUAAUAGACCAAUAAGAAAGAUUUCCAAACCUCUCUGCCAAUAACAGCUAGUUUUCAGUUCCCCCUCCCUAGUCAGAACACUCCCUGACAGUCUUAGCCAAAUUCUUGCUUGAGAAAUUGCUCUUUGCUAAGAAGCUAUUUUUUGUAUUUUUGACCAUUAUAAUUUAAAACAAUCACAGUAAGGUACUUAAUUGUUACGUAGAAAUUAUUUGAUACUAAUGUAAAAGAAAAAAAAACAGCUGCAUUGAACCUUUAAUGAAUGUAUAUAAACAGUGACAAAUCCCCCCUUGAAGGUUCAGUAAUGACAACGAAGGAAAGUCUUGUCUUCCUGUGAUUCACAAACGUUUGUUGUCAAUGAUGAAUGGUUCUCUAGCAUUUUCUCAUUCUUGUCUUGCUCUUUCACAAUUUUUUUUCCUUUCCUUUUUUCAUUUUUUACAUGCCUCUUGCCUUUCUCCCACCUCUUCCUCCCCUACUUGCCCUGUGAUUUUGAGGGCUUGUCCAGGAUAGGGCUAGCAGCAAGACAGUAGGCCCCGUGCCACAGUCAGCCUGCCAACCACCAUGCACUGCCAUUCUCCCUCUUAUCAUAUCGCUCUGUUUCUCAUCCAGCAGACAUUCCAUUUUUGGACCACAAAUGAUCUGUUUUACAGCUAUUUUGAGACUGUUUUAGAAAGCAGCUCACUGCCUCUGGUCUCUCAUCUCUGCCAACCGUUUGACGGUAGACAGCAAAUCCUAUGUGGCAAAAAGCUACUAUAAUUGUAGACUUGAGAAUAACAGGGCUAGAUAGGGAGAAUGCAUAGUCAUCAUGAAAUAUAAGAAUAUAUUUUGUAACCCUGCAUGUCGAUGGCUUUUUCUGUAACGUUUUUCCUCCGUUGAAUUUAACAUGGCUGAACAGUCUUUUGUCGUUGUCUGUUUGUUUGUUACUCGCACCACAAUGUCCUUGGUGUCAGAUGAAUGUUUGUCAUGCCACUGCUACACAGGGCAACAAUGUAAAUUGUCCAGCGUGUUGUGCUCUGAUUUGACCCCAUCCUCCAUUGUCUUAAAAAUCCAUAACGUCUUUGACUAUGUGGAAGGACAACAUUGCAUUGUUGCCAGUGGCGAUUAUAUAAAUGUGUAUAGUGAUUACAUCAGGAAUUUGACAAUGCUAUGUGUAGCCAUAUUCUCUAAGGGUUCUUAUUGUGUAUUUUCAGGCCCUUUUUUAUAAAUGCCAAGUGCGCAACAAGUACAGUUUUUACUUUACACCCUUUCCCCGUGUUGCUUUCCCUCAUUUCUCCCAUUCUGCUCUCUCCCUCUUCCUGUCCAUCUCUUUCCCUUCCUCCCUUCUGUCCAACUCUCUCCCUCCCUUCUUUCCAACUCGCUCUUUCCACUCUCACGUUCUCCACCCCCUCAGUGCUGUGGUUUAAUGUAGCCCACAGAGCCCCAGCAGUGUGGGGUUAUUAGUAACACAUGGGGGUGUUUCCUCCAUCCAUAUUGGUUUUGUAAGGUGAGGUCACCAAUGGCUCUGCAUCUGAUGAAAAGGGAGAGGAGCGCGCUUGUAGAAGAAACAUGUGGGGGCGUGAAGCAGUGUAAGAGGGGAGAGAAUGGGACACAGGCUCUUUGCUACAGAGCUCUGAAGUCUGUAGGCUAGGCCAGGAAGAAAAACAAUAUUUUGAAAAGUAUUAAAAGAUUUAUGAGGUUUAUAUUGUCUACACCCACCACAAAGAUGGUGUCGUUGUUUAGCAGACAAGUGGGUUAAGUAAAGCAGAACAAUAGUAGUCCCACCUUUUUUCAAAGUUUUUCUUUCGCAAAAUAAAAUAUAGGCAUGUGAACUUGGUCCAUCUGGUUCUUGGUAAUGGGCAUCAUAGUGAAUUUGUAGACAACUGACAGGUCAGAGAAAGGUCAGCUUCUCUCAUGGUAACUCUCUAAAAUCCUUUACAUGAGAGACAUGCUACCAGUCAAACUGUUUCCGGUGGAAAACUGUAGAAACACUAUUUUUGUUUAUAGUCAUGAUGAUUCUGAUUGGUUGACUGACUGGGGACAAAAUGGUCGCUCCUCUCAUCCAACAAACAUAUUUAUCAGAGUGCAUUGUGGGUAGUUGGUGACCGGGGUGAGUAGCAGCAUGGGGUUGUAGCAUGUGUCCACUUGCCUGGCACAUCAAUGUUUCUGAUACAAACUGUUUCCUCUCACCCCUUCUGUUUAAUAGCUUGUGAAAUAGGAGGUAAAAGAGAGGCGUCAUGUUUAGAUCGAUCGUCUGUGCUUUAAGGGCUCUUAGCCAAGGGAGACUUAAUCCCAACAGCAUCUUCCCUGGUGAACUUGAGGGAUUGGCUGAGUUCCAACGCUUCUAAAUCACUUCCUUUCCAUGUGAUGUCUCCUCCCUCUCCUUAAAGGAAAAUUCCACCCCAAAACCUAUCUUUUGGUAUUUGUUUCAUUAGUCCAUUUUUGAUAUAGUCCCAAAAAUGUUUUGCAUGUCAGGAAUCAAGUUUUCAAGAUGUAUAACUUUCAAUAUACAGAAAUACAGCCGGUAUGAUAAAAAAAAAUGCAUCACACUGGCUGUAUUUUAAAAGUUAUAUAUUUUGAAAACUUGAUUGCUGACAUGCAAAACAUGCUAGCGCCUUGCCCUAGCUCCGACCUCGUGUUCACACAGCUGAAAGGACAAAACCACGAAUUCCAAUUUAAUUCACUCAAUUCAGGUCAUAAAUUGACCUCAACCCUAGUAGGGAGUGCUCUACAAAUCUGUAAAGGUGUAGCAGUACUUUUUUUUGUUGCUUUUUUUCACUCAUCUCAUGUGCCUGAACAACAAAUGCAAGAAAGAAUGAUUUGUCUUUUUUGUUUACAUUUUGUGUUAUUUUUGGGUGGGGAAGGUUUAUGUGGGUUUUUUUUGGAUCCCCAUUAGCUUUUACAGAGGUAGCAGCUAUUCAUCCUGGGUCCACAAAAAACAUGACAAGUAACAAACACUGAUACACUGAUAGACGAGGACAGUCACACACGGGUGGGAUGGUGAGAAAACGGGUCAGAAUGAAUGUCUAGCAGAUAAAUAACUUUUCUCCUAACUUAUUAUAUAUUUGUGUGGCGGAAAACACCAGUCUCUGGUUAUUAACAUCAAUCUUUACUCUCUCUUUCUAAUGAUUAUCUUAUUGCUACUAUGUAACAUUUGUAUUGCUACCAUGUUAAAAAGAUAUUAACCAUGGGCAGCAUUGGUCUAAGGGAUGUUGUAAACUGAAGUAGCUUUUUCGAGCUGGGAUAUGAAGCGUCCGUAUCUGAUGUUAUUUUUCAUGUGUACUCUGCUCUGUACUCUCAUCCUGAAACAGUUGAACUCUUUAUGAACCGUGUGUGUUUGUUUGUAUGCGUAAGUGUAUGCUGCGUGUGUAUGCGUGUCUGUCUGUAUGACUCUCUUGUUUUUUUUUUGUUUUUUUUGCAUGACUACAUUUUUGUAUGGGUAUAUACACUAUCUUAAUAUUGGAGUUCUAUACUGUUUUUUACAGUGUUUGUAACUGCACAAUAAAUAUUUCAAAGAUGGUUUAAAUCAAA